GAAAGGAGAGGAAGAGAGGAAGGAGAAAAAGAAAACAGGAAACCAAAAAGCAAUUGAAGAAGGUAGCGUCGGAAAUGAUUCUUGUGCUUUCGAGAGAGUGACUGAAGCUAAAAAACAUGGGUUAGAGGAGUUUUUUUUGUUGAUCAUCUGUAAAUAUAUAAGUUCUGGUUUAGUUUUGUGGGUUGAAUUAUCUGCGAAAUUCUCCGAUCUUGUGACAUUGGGGUUGAAUUUUCUGCAAAUUUGGAGGAAUUGUGGCUCAAAUUUUGGAUAUUUUGUGGGUCUUGAAGGAAAGUGAUGGUGAUUUUUGAGGAAUACUGGUGCUCUGAAGGUUCUUUUAUGACUAAACUUUUCAGCGGAGGUUGAUUGUGCAUGCUUAGUGAUGUGGGGAUUUUACAGUACAGAGUUGCCAAAGAUGCAGAAGCUUUAUGUUUAUUGAAUUCCUCUUGACAUGGUUUCUAAGAUAUGGUGUUGCAGAAAAGGUUAGACUAUGGAUUUAAUGGUUAUCAGGUGCCUCCCACUCCUCGAGGAGCUAGAUCAGCCAGGAGAAGGGGUAUAAACAGAAGAAUAACUGAUGAUAGCCAGAUGUGUGCAUUUGACUUGUUGGCUACUCUAGCUGGCAAGCUACUCUUGGAGGGGGAAAGCUCUCCUAGUUCUACGGAUAUGGGUAGUAGUGGUAAAGAUCAAUAUGAAGCUAGCAAAAGUUUGGCUAAGGAGGGAAUGCUGGAAGAAAAUAAGCAUGUCAGCAACUUUUCUAAUCAGGACUGUAGCGAUAGGAGUUUCAUUGUUUCUGAGCUAGUCUUACAGGCUCCCAGUUUGAAUAACUGUCCGAAGGAGCUUGCACACACUCAAAAUGAUGCUUGUUCAGGACCAACAUCCGCAAUAACAACUUCUGAGUGCUCUGAGAAGGUUGGAUCUGCUGAACGUUUAAUUAGUGAUCAAAGCAAUUUUCAACAUGGAAAAGCAGAUAUUGAGCUGUUUGGUUGCAGGGUUUCUCCUGGUUGUAAAUUAGAUGGUGAAAAAAAAAGACAGAUAAAGGUUGAGCCAAAUGAUUUGAAGUUGUCAAUUUGUGCAAGGGAUGACAUUUACAAUUCUGAGUCUCCAAUAGCUUGGGACAGAAAACCUUCCUGUCUUGUGAGCUCAGAUGAGAGUGUGAAAUCCUUGUCCAGGGACCAUAUACCUAGUGGGUCUCUCCCCCACAACCGGGAGAAUGUAAAUUUAGUUACUAGAGAUGAUGACGAAAACUCUUCUGGGUGUACCCAACCCAGCACUGUAAAUAAUGCCUUCAGGCCAUCAUCCCAUAUUGGAGAUCGCAGAAUCCGUAAAUUACUGGCAUCUAAAUAUUGGAAAGUAACUCCAAACCUGAAGGACGGGGAACAUUUUAAAACUGUGAUGUCAUCAGAUGCUGACAUGAAGUAUGUUCAUCACGAUGGGAAGAAUGGUUUCAAGCGCCAAAGAUCUCAAAGGGAUUUCCCAUUUAAAAAGAGGAAGCUGUAUCAUUGCAGUUCAUUAUCCAACUUGGAUGGAGACAUUUGUACUGAUGAAAUGUAUAAUUCACCAGGGAAAUUCUCUAAUAGAGAUGCUUGUGCUUCAAUGUUGCCAAAAGUAACAGGGCCAUCAAUUUCUGGAGCAAGUGAACAUGCAGCAUUCAAGUCUAAGGACUCCCAAGUUAAGCUAAAGAUCAAGUCUUUCAGGGUUCCAGAAUUCUUUAUCGAGAUUCCAGAAACUGCAACUGUUGGUUCUUUGAAGAAAACAGUUAUGGAGGCAGUUACUGCAAUACUUAGCGGUGAAUUGCGUGUUGGUGUACUUCUUCAGGGUAAGAAGAUCAGAGAUGAUAACAAAACUUUAUUGCAGACUGGAAUUUCCCAUGAUAACAAGCUAGAUGCUCUGGGUUUUACCUUGGAGCCAAACCUUUCUCAAGCUCCCCCACCUGUGUCUCUAGAAGAUCACCCAUUUCUACUUUCUUGUGAUAGCCCACAACCACUAUCAAGGUAUCCACCUACUCCAAGUACAACUGCUAAUGCUGCACCGCUUCGGGGGACUUCAGAUGCCUUGCCAGAUCCUCCAGGAACAAAUUUCAGCAACUUGGUUGAAAGUGAUCAUGAUUCGGCUCCCUCCCCUCCUGAAAUGUCAUUGGAGAAAAGCACAGUGGAUUCUAGAGCAUUAGUUGCUGUUCAAGCUAUGAACGUGGAGGCCCUAAGUGUGGUUCCUAUGCGGAAGUCGAAGCGAUCGGAGGCUGCACAGCGUCGCAUUCGUAGACCAUUCUCUGUUUCUGAAGUUGAAGCUCUAGUACAGGCUGUUGAGAAGCUUGGCACGGGAAGAUGGCGUGAUGUUAAGUUGCGAGCUUUUGACAAUGCCAAACACAGAACUUAUGUUGAUCUGAAGGAUAAGUGGAAAACACUGGUGCACACAGCAAGAAUAUCUCCUCAACAAAGGAGAGGCGAGCCUGUGCCCCAGGAGCUGUUGGACAGAGUCCUGACUGCCCAUGCUUACUGGUCACAGCAGCAAGUCAAGCCACAGUUCAAACAGCAAUCUGAGGCUUGCCGCCUUCUGAGUACCUAACACAGCAUACAGGGGGAACAGCAAUAGCAAAAUAGAAGGCCUUAGAGAGGGGUUUUCUAAUUGAUUUUCUCGUUAAUACAACUAUGUAAAAAGUAUGACCACUGUAGUUUCCUGCAUGGGGAGGUUUGUCACUUUUUGUAAAUGGUUGAUAUAAUAAGAGCUCUCGCUAACAGAAACAUUUUAGUGCCUAGAUAUUGCAUUUUGAUAAUGCUCAGUUAGUUUACGAGGAUAAUUAUUUCUUAGGUUGGGAGGUGUCCAUUGUUUGUAGCAUAUAUUCCAUUGUAAAUUUGUUAUGAUGCGAGACUUCAUCUGUUAUUAAAGAAUCAUGGGGAGUGUCUGUUUAUCCUUGAAA